ACGCGAGUAAACAUCACAUGCGGAAAUCGACCUCGAACAUGAUAACAAAGUAGUCAGGGCAUUCCUCGGCUGGCUGUACAUCGAUGUAGAUAUGGCAGUGGCUGGCAGUGGGAUACCUGCAGAUCUCACCCAGGGCGAGGACUCCGUAGAGAGCUACAUUAAAAAGCUGGUGUUGCAGCAAAAAACUGGAGAAGUCACAGAACAGUAUGCAAUCACAAAGCAUCACUGGAAACCGAGUGACUCCAGGAAGGUCUGUGCCACGGAGGGCUGUGGAAACAGGUUCAGUUUGAUCAGCAGAAAACACCAUUGUAGAAGGUGUGGGGAGGUGUUCUGUGAGAGCUGUACACGAUAUCAGAUGAGACUGAACACACUGGCCAGCCCAGACCCUCAGGGAAGACUACAGAAAUAUAUAGUGAGUGUCUAUAUUAAUGGGGAGAGAAUUUCCUCAUUCCUUACUUUCUAUUGUUCAUUCAGCAUAGAUAUAGAUAUGGAGGUGAGACGGCUUAAGGAAGGUUUCAAAGAGAGCGUGGGGAACUCAGAGGUGAGGAGGACCUUCCUGGAAUUACGUAAAAUGGUGGGCACUCCAGACUGGCAGAGAGCCACCUACUGGGAGUAUACCAGCUUAUCCACCAUGUGUUGUUACUGUAAUAAGGAGUUUGGACUGCUGCAGAAUCGUCGCCACCCCUGCACUGUCUGCGGCUUCAUGGCGUGUGGCGACUGCUGUAGUAAGGACCUGAUUGUCUACAUACCCAAUGAGGAGAAAGGAUCCAAAGACCCAGAGCCCAGAAUUGCUGUGAUAAAAAUUGUUGGGUGUCCUGAGCGUGAACCUGACAUGUGUGUGUAUCUGCGCAUCUGCUCACAGUGCCACCUAUAUUUGGAGGAGAAACAAGUGCAGAAGAUGCAGCAGACGCUGACGGACCAGCUUCAGAAAACUGACCUGUUCUGGACAAAAAUUGUGGAGGCAGCUAAGAAACUUUCCAGAAUAAGAGCAAAGAUCAAUGCUCAUUUACCUAAGUAUCAGGAGCACAUCAACACAAUGGGGAUCGACAGCGGGGCGCCAAGAGCAAGUCUACAGGGAGAAAAUGGUAUACAAGUCCUUGCCAGGGCACAGUGUGACAUGUCAGAUCUGUUUGUGACAUUUGUUCUGGCAGUAGAGAGCAUCAGAGGAAUCCAACCCUCCACAACACAACAAACCACUGUCCUGAAGAAUCUAGUCAGGGGUAAUUAUAAUUUUUACCAAGAGACCGUGUUCCUAUUCCGUGAGUUGAGAAAGACCUUGGAGGACACCACGCUCACCUCCGCAGACAUCUUAGAAACCAUUCAGAAAUUUGUGGAUAGAAAUGCCAUGAGAGCAGUUUACGUAUUCUUGAAGCAGCUAGCUCUGGAAAGUCUCAUGCUGUGUGACAAGUUCACCUUGAACAACACAGUGCCUGUUCAGUUUGCAGAAGCCGAGGAGGUUGUUUGCCAGGACUUGAAGCAGUGUAUAAAGGAUUGUAAAGAUGACUGGGCAGAGAGUGAGGAAGAUAUUAACAAUGUAUUGAAGGACCAGAUACAGCGUUUGUUAUAUGGUACACAAUAA